UCAACUCUAUAACAUAUUAUCAAAAUGGUUCAAUAUAUCCCUCAAGGUCAAUUUUUCAUCGUCUCCAAGUUCAACGGACGUGUUCUGGACGUCGAAGGUGCUUCCACCAAGGACGGUGCCAAAAUCUGUGUCUGGCAAAAGAAGGAAAGCGAUAAUGCCAACCAGUUGUGGGAAUACCGAAACGGUUUCUUUGUCAAUGCAAACAGUGGCAAAGUGCUCGACGUGAAGGGAGGCAAAAUCAAGCAUGAUAGCCACGUCAUUCAAUACGCUCAAAAGGAUAUCGCAGAAAACGUUGAAAACCAGCGCUGGCUGAUCGAUCAUCAAGGUUACAUCCAUACAUCGGCCGAUCCCAAGCUUGUUCUGGACAUCCGCGGAGCCGAAGACAAGGACGGCGCCGAAGUUAUUCUCUACGAAAAGCGCGAAGGCACCGCUUCCUCCAACCAACAAUGGGAUCUCGUACCCGGUCAUUAAAAAAGCUUAUGAAGUCUCACCCAUGCUUGGAUUAAAUUGAAAAAAAAAAAGGAAAAAAAGUUCUUGCUAAGUACUUGCACGAAUAACAAUUUCACAUUGAUGAAAAAUAAAUGUUUGAAUCGAAUCUAUUCCAUCUACUGCUUGUUUGUCUGUGCUAGCCAGUUAAGAGCUUGUUUGAACUUGGCAAAAGGGCAUUUUUGCGUGUUAUGAGGAACUGGUGAUAUCCGUUUUUUUUUUUCGUGUGGGAAAAUGUUGCUGGCGGAUGUAUCAUGGACCCAAAGCCAGGGCUUUUCUCUGAUGCAAUAAAUGCAGGGAAUACUCAAAAUAGACUGCACAAGGAAAUUAAG